GCUGGGGGUCUCCAUGGGUCUUAUCUGCGGGCGUCUGUGCUGGGGGUCUCCAUGGGGUCUUAUCUGCGGGCGUCUGUGCUGGGGGUCUCCAUGGGUCUUAUCUGCGGGCGUCUGUGCUGGGGGUCUCCAUGGGUCUUAUCUGCGGGCGUCUGUGCUGGGGGUCUCCAUGGGGUCUUAUCUGCGGGCGUCUGUGCUGGGGGUCUCCAUGGGUCUUAUCUGCGGGCGUCUGUGCUGGGGGUCUCCAUGGGUCUUAUCUGCGGGCAUCUGUGCUGGGGGUCUCCAUGGGGUCUUAUCUGCGGGCGUCUGUGCUGGGGGUCUCCAUGGGUCUUAUCUGCGGGCGUCUGUGCUGGGGGUCUCCAUGGGUCUUAUCUGCGGGCGUCUGUGCUGGGGGUCUCCAUGGGUCUUAUCUGCGGGCGUCUGUGCUGGGGGUCUCCAUGGGUGUUAUCUGCGGGCGUCUGUGCUGGGGGUCUCCAUGGGUCUUAUCUGCACUUUUAAACAUCGACCUCACAGGGAGGUUCGCAUUAAUGGCUGCUUAUCCCUCAGCUUCUUGCCGCAGUUCUGUCAUUUGACAGCUCAGAAAUGAUGACCUCAUCAAUGCAGUGGCGUGGGGACAGAGGCUGCCUCCACGAACAUUCUUAUAACCGGAAUAUUAAUAAUGAGUCAUAGCUGAGGAAUCCUCUCCCUUUCCCUCUGGCUCCCUGUUUACCCCUUUGACCCCAUAUCUGUCGUGGGGGGGGGGGCGGAGUGUCCUUUCUGCGUGUUCUCAGCGGCGACGGUCGCAGGAAUCGGCACUGCAGGCGGGCCCGCAUUCUGGCGCUGCCCCUUCGCAGCCUCAGCCAUGGUGCAGAUGCCAUUACUGAUUAACAAAUUUCACACACACCCCCCCCCUCCGCUGCAAAUAAAGGGUGACUGUUUCAGUGUGACGUCAGCGUAUAAAAAUAAUGAAAAUGCACUGCCAGUGAAAUAGUAGAGUUGACUGCCACUGUCGUCUCCCACAGCCUCGGAAAGCAGGAGCUCAUUCUGCAGCAGAUUUACUGGGUAAAAACCUGAAAGCUUGGGAAGUGCUUGUGAAUAAACAGUUCAGCAUAAAUACCGGGGUGAUGGGUAUUUAACCAGUAACCAGUAAGUCACUGGUUAUUAAUGUCGCCUUGGAACUUCAUUGGGUCAGCGCAGUGCGUGUAUCGCCCAGGACAGUACACAGCUAAUUCUGCCACUUGUUUAUCUGUCUCAGGCUGUUUAUAUGACCUUUAACUGUCUCCCAGAUUGAACUCAGCUGCUGUGCCUCUCCGGGCAGCGGAAGUUACAGGAAGUAUGUUUCUGGGAAUACCAGGAGAUGGCUUUUCAGUGUGCUUCCUCACAGCGGUCUUCACGGCUAAAUCCUCUCUGUGUUUGUUUGGAGAUCGUCAUGGGGGAGAAAACAAAAUGGAGGAAACGCCUCAGGGCUGAACCAGUCGCUGGACGAGGUGCCUCAGCGCAUGAACGGCUGGCUCAUCUGCAAGGAGCAGGACGAGAUGCUGAACCUUGCCUUCACCAUUGGCUCCUUCCUGCUCAGCGCCAUCACCCUGCCGCUCGGCAUCGUCAUGGACAAGUACGGCCCACGCAAGCUGCGGCUGCUUGGCAGUGCUAGCUUCGCCAGCUCCUGUAUCCUGAUUGCCUACGGUUCCAGCAAUCCACAAAGCCUAUCUGUGCUGAUCUUUAUCGCCCUGGCGCUCAACGGUUUUGGUGGCAUGUGCAUGACCUUCACAUCCCUCACGCUGCCCAACAUGUUUGGAGACCUUCGCUCCACUUUCAUCGCCCUGAUGAUCGGCUCCUAUGCCUCCUCAGCAGUCACCUUCCCAGGAAUCAAGGUGAUCUAUGACCUAGGAGUGACCUUCAUCACCAUCCUGCUGGUAUGGGCGGGCUGUGCUGGCCUCGUCUUCAUUAACUGCUUCUUCAACUGGCCUCUGGAGCCCUUCCCUGGACCUGAGGACAUGGACUACAGUGUGAAGAUCAAGUUCAGCUGGCUGGGUUUCGACCACAAGAUCACUGGAAAGCAGUUCUACCGGCAGGUGACCACUGUGGGCCGUCGUCUCAGCGUCGGCAACUCCAUGAAGCAGAGUCCCAAAGAGCUGGCGGCGCAGGACGGCAACAAGCUGUGUCUGUCCACGGUGGACCUGGAGGUCAAGUGCCAGCCAGAGGAGGAAUCUCAGUCCUUCUUGCGCAGCAUCUUCAGUCCCAUCUUCAUGCUCAGCCUGAUCACCAUGUGUGUCACGCAGCUGCGGCUCAUCUUUUACAUGGGCGCCAUGAACAGCAUCCUGGAGUCGCUGACGGAGGGCAACCUCAGCACAGUGAGCCUCUAUUCCUCCAUCUUCGGCGUCUUGCAGCUCCUCUGUCUGCUAACAGCCCCCGUCAUCGGCUAUGUCAUGGACUGGAAGCUGAAAGAGUGUGAGGACCACGCGCAGUCCAGCCAGGAACCAGGAAGUCCCCCGCGCCGUGACCGACAGAUCCAGAAGAUCACCAACGCCACACGUGCGUUUAUCUUCACCAACUUGCUGCUUGUGGGUUUUGGGGUCACCUGCCUGAUCCCCAACCUGCCCCUGCAGAUUGUGUCGUUUGUCCUGCACACCGUUGUUAGAGGAUUCAUCCACUCGGCCGUCGGGGGACUGUACGCUGCAGUGUACCCCUCCUCCCAGUUUGGCAGCCUGACUGGGAUGCAGUCUCUGAUCAGCGCCCUCUUUGCCCUUCUCCAGCAGCCACUCUUCAUGGCCAUGAUGGGCCCCCUUGAGGGGGACCCUCUCUGGGUGAACGUGGGCCUGCUGGGACUGAGCAUCAUGGGGUUCUGCCUGCCCCUCUACCUGCUGUGCUUCCGGCGCCAGCUGGUCCGCAAGAAGCGGGAGCGCGAGGAAGACGCCAAAAUAUACAGCAAGGUCGCCGCUGACGGCAGCAAGCAGGAGGCCUUCGUCUAGGCGGCGCCGAGGAGGGGGAGCCAGUCCUACCUGGACCUGGGACCUCCCCCGGCCUGCCCUCUCCCCCGGCCUGCCCUCUCCCAGGCUUUGCCACACAUGCACACAGGCCGUCCCACCUCUCACACACUCGCUCAUGGACCCCCAGGCCCCUGCCCAUAGAUGGACUCUCACUGUGAAGGCGACACCUAGAAGAUCGCAGAUGUUGGUGGCCGUCUGGCCUGCCAGCUAGCAGACAUGGCGAAGAGUGAAACUGACAGAGGAGAAGCACAGCGGCUGCGUAGAGACCCCCCCCACCCCAUCCUCCACUCGGCCUCUUUCUGUUUUUUACGUUUUAUGCUUUUUCAUGUUGAGCAGAAGGAGCUUCAUUCCUGCAAAGUGUCACCUGAGCCUUGGGAAAAAGGCCCAGAAAUGUGAGCAGUUCUCCUUUGGAGAAGGAUGCCAGAGCGUUGUCUCCUUCUAAGGUUUUGUUAGUGUUCCACAGCCAUGCAGAUGAUUGAGGGCCCACACUACAGCUCACAGGGUCCUCAAAGCAGAAGAGUUUAUUGAAAAUAUCUUUUUACUCAUAGGAUCUGCUCUGGAUUAAUUAUUUUGUUUAAUUGUUUUAUUGCAUAGAGGUUUCAAAAUUUUGAAGAUUUUUUUUUUUUCUCAAACUUGAGUAGACAGUGGAAGAAGUUGCACAGUAGGGUUUUGUUGCUCCAAAUGGUGCUAUAUGAGUAACAUGUUGACUGCUAGGAGUGGGGGGUCUUGACGCUGCGCUGGUCAGGGUGGGGGGUGUCGAUGCUGCACUGGUCAGAGGGGUGCUGGUGCCUUUUGGGUGGCUGCUUUUCAGUGACAAUUUCUUUGACACUCCCUGCCAAAAAGCCAAGGUUGUGGUCUUUCAGGAGGUCUGCCAUCUCACUGGAUGGGAGGCAAGACGGCCCUGAAUCUCCCUCCCCAGUCUCAGCUUACCUUAAAGCUGCCAGCCCGGCACUCUGCUCUGGAGAAUCUAUCGGAGUGUCUCCACUCCUGUGACCAGAGGGCUUGACAGAAGCUGUCUCUCCCUGUCUUUGGGAUGGGGCCCUUAAAGCCUUUAUCUGGCACUCAAGCUUAGCACUAACCCUACUACACCCUAACUUUGGCUUUUGUUAAGGGUGGUUAGGGGGGUGAGUCUCGCUCCACACGACCCGGUCAGGUUUAGGAGGUCACGGGGAUGGGAGCGGAAGAGGAGCCCCCCCCCACUAGCAAUAACGCUACAGUCCCUGGGCAGCAAACACAGCGAACGGGGACAGAUGGCGGCCUAGCGGCUCCUGCUUAUCUCACUCAUAUCAAGCUUUUUACGGAUUAAAGUAGCACAGAGCCGGGCCGAGACGUGACGCAGGUCACCAUUUUCCACGUGUGACUUGUGCACACUCUCCAGACGGACAGCAGGGUGUUGGUGCGCGCGCAGCCUGCGUUAGGAGAUGGGCUUCAGGAACCUAUCCUGCAGCUCAGUGUGCAGCUGAGCUCUGACCAUGCGAGGUAAUGAUGCCCCCAGCCGGUUCAUCCAGCCACAACACAGGUCACCCUCCUGCCUGGCUGUCGCAAGCACAGGCGUGGCGUGGAAUUGAUCUUCCUGCGCGUUGCCAUAGUGUGUUGGUGUUUGUAGAAGCAGUUGUGCCAAUAAAGUGGGCUCUGCCACUCGGCCGGACACAAACACCACACGGUCUUGCACGCUAGUAACAGAGAUUCGAUCUUGUGUCCUCUCUACUUUUGUCACACUUACCAUUGAGUAUAGAAGUGGACUGCCAUUUGUCACAAAAGAAGUCAUUCUGAAUUUGGUGCUGUCACUGGAAAGAACUGAUCUUUCACUCCACUUUAGCAACACAUUUUGUGACGUAUAGUUCCGUAGUUCGAACGUGUUUUUAUUUUUAUAGAUAUAUAAUGUGCUUUCACAGUAUGUAUGUACUGUGGCAUCGGUUAUAAGGAAACGGCAGGUUGUCAAAAUCCUGCAUUUUAAAAGAUGUGUGUAGGUACUUCCCUCUGAGCUGAGGAGUGUGUGCACUUGAGGUCCCACAAGAAAAAUAUACAGACAGGGAAGUAUAAUGUAAAUGAAGAGGGUGACUUUUGAAAAUAUUUGUACCUGUCCCUAUGAACUGUGUCCUUUAUUCAUGAACAUGGACAAAAGAACAUUUUAUUUCUGAAUGUGACUGAAUACAGGAUAGAGGGAAACAUGCAGAGAGGAAGCAGCCCGAUCUGCGGGUCUGUUGCCAUGCCCAGUUUGGAGUGAUACGUGUCUGAGUGUCAGACGUUUUCACACAGGUAGACUGGUCUCACUGCACUGGGUGUCAGUGCCCGUUUCAGCCCCACGGGAGCAGUGACUGUCAGUGCUGGUUGCUUCGUACCAGGAACAGUGUCAGAACCUGAACGUAUAGCAGAAUGUUUUAAACAGAUCUUAAAAAGAAAUAUCUAUUUUAAAAAUGUUUGCAUGGGUGCGCAUGUGACUGGCUAUGAUAUGAAAAGCUAACAGAUGAGUAUGACUCUGCCUGAACUGCACAAGAGCCGAGGUCCGAUUUCCCGUCCUCGUCUCUGAAUGUCGUCCUUUAUGCAAUUAGACUCGCUGCUGUGCUUCGCUUUCUCUGUCCAGCGGGGACUCAGUCCUUCAUGCUGCCUUUACAUCAACGGGUCCUCUGAAGCACAUUUCUGUACACAUGCACAGUGCAGAGAGACCAGUCAGGCCUGAUACGUAUCACAUUUGUGAGAAAGCGUGCCUGGAUCUUACAGGUAAGGUCUGUCAUAGUUGCAGUACUGUAUUCCUGCGUAAGGGAUGUCGGAUUACGAUAUUCAUUCCCUCAGAUCGGGAGAUUUGGCACUUUUCUACACCACACCUUAAUGUCUCUGGUCGAGUGUCGUCACUGUAUUGUUUUAAGUGUAACCUUUCACCAAAGUUCUGUUUUGAAUUGGUGUCCGAAUUCCUUUUGUGUGAUAAAAGACUGAGUUUGAUUGGGACCGUUGAUGCUGACCGAGUGGAUGUUCGGACUCCCUGAUAUCUUUCCCGUAACUCUACUUAUUCAUAAGGUUUUUAUUUUUUAGUCUUUUCUGUGUGUCAGUAUCUUUUAUCCACGUAUGUUGUGUUUUAAUUACUUGUCUCAACGUUGCAAUAUAGCCACUGUUGUUUUUGUUUAAAAAGGAAUUAUAUGAAAAAAUAAAUAUAAGGUGAAAAUAAUUUGCUAAAA